AUGUUAGAGGCAACAGAGCAUUGUCGUAUUUUCCGCGUUACCCCUCUUACCUCCGACCGUCCACAAACCCCGAUCCUCAAACUCGGCGUUAAAACUCCGUCGCAAGCCGACCAUUUUUCGAAAUCCAACAACAAAGUUACAUUCCAAAUCAAAAGCUACCAACUUAACUUGACCAUUGCAUUAAACCCACGACCGACCCUCCUCACAAAGAACUCCCCCACGUCCCCCUUCCCCACCACCAAAAAACACCAUCAAAUGACCACAGUCAUCCCAUCCCUCAUGGCCGAAACCGCGCUUCAAGUCCGCUCGCUCUACCGCUCUCUCCUCCGAACUUCUUCACAAUUCGCAACCUAUAAUUUCCGCGAAUACGCAAAACGACGUACACGCGAUGCCUUUCGUGAACACAGACUUGAAACCGACGAGCGGAGGGUGCAGGAGCUAGUACAGCGGGGGUUGAAGGAUUUGAACUUGUUGAAGCGACAAACUAUGAUUAGUUCCUUUUACCAGUUGGAUAAACUGGUAGUAGAAGGCGGUGCAGAGGGUAAAGAAAAAGGUAACCGGGGAGGAAUCCUACGACAGAAGGAAUUGGGAUACGAUUGA